GGGCGGGGACUACAGGUUCAUGUUAUUUACUGUUUUUUUAGCAUCCCAGUGGACCAGUAAACAGUCCUGCACAUAUUUGGAAGUUGUAAAGUGAUGGGCUGAGAUCCACCCCCAUUCAAAAUGAUCAGAAACAGGAAGUGCCUCCUCUGUGAAACUGUCUGCAUUUCCAAACAGGAAAUGGACGAACACAUGAGAAGUAUGCUCCACCACCGUGAGCUGGAGAAGCUCAAAGGCCGGGACUGUGGACAUGAGUGCCGGGUGUGCACGGUGAAGAUGGUGAGCCUGACUGACUACGCCAGCCACAUUUCCAGUCCCACACACAAGCAGAACGUGGAGGCUGCCGACAAACUGGUUUCUGUGGGCAACCAGGAAGAAGACUUCUUGGACCAGGAGUUGGUGGACCUGAUAGACAAAAGAAACAAACAGAUAAGGAGAGAGAAGGAAGCAGCUGCAGCUGCAAAGCUGGCAAAAGAAGAAGAAGAGCAACGGCAGAGAAAAGAGGAUUUAGAUAAGAGACUGAAGGAAGUUAAAGAGCGGUACCGCCUGGAGUGUGUGUGGCAGGCGCCUUCGCAGGGCUUCAGUGACUCCAGUCAGCCUUGGCACAGGAGCAGCUACUGUAACACAGGCACAGGGAAUACAGGAGCGUGCGACCACAGCAGCAUGCAGGAGAGGAGGAGCGCCACCUGGCACGCUCAGUAUCCUCCCAACUUACAGAGAGUCGCUCCUGGAGAUUUAUCUGGUAGAAGAAAUGAGAGCCAGGAGGGGCGGAGCAGUAAAACCUGGGGCCAUGGCUGCUCUUCUAACUACCAGACAAAUCGGCUGCCUUGGCUGAGCAGUGAAGGGAGUAGAUAUGGGCUCUACGGCCAUAACAAUGUCUCCACGUUCUCUCCGAGGCCCCAGCAUCAGAGCUUCCUGAGACCUCCCCGGGGUCAAACGUCCACCAGUGUUCACGGCCAGACUUGUCACCAGUCUCAGAGUCCAGUGCAAGGUGGUGGGCUUCAGAACCAGGGAGCACCAACAGAAACAGCCCAGAACAGCAGUCGGAACGCUAAGGGAUUAGGCAGCAAUCCAAAGCUGGACAAAGGCUGUCGCUGGUCACCGUAUCCAGUCACCUCAGGACCGCCUGGUGAGACUCACCCCAACACUUCAGAGAAUCACCACAAAACUCCCAAAGUCCAGAAGCAGGAAGCCAGUGGCUGUAACAGGCAGCUCCAGCCUGAGCCUAAACCCGUUCAUCAUGGGGAGGAACAGAGAGGAAAGCCAAAGCCCAGUCUAGCAGACCAGAGCAGCGCCGCUAAAGGAACCAGUUCUCGGACUGGAUCUAGUUCCUCCAGUCAGACGACAAACAAGCCACUGCUUCAUGUAGAUCAGAAGAAUCUCACUGGUCCUGCUGCCCGAGGUGGAGCUCAGCACAGCAAGGCCUCUGGUCAAAAGCUGCCACGGUCCAAGUCACCCAGGAAACAAAGUGGACUCAAGGAAUCCAUCAAGUCCCAUCCGUCAAGGAGGGAAAAGUUUCCCUCAGAGUCAGCCAGACCAAUGGUUCCUGAGAGGGGGGAGUGUUUGAGCAGAUCAGCUGACAAUAGCGUGAAGAUGAUUCCUCACACAGAGGAGCAGCAGACAGAUCAGGGAGGCAACCGAACUGAAGCGACUGAAAAAAGCUGUAGUCCGGCUGCAGUGAAACCAUCUCCACCUGAAAGACACGCACCAUCUUCAGACACCACCAAGUAUGUUCAGUCACUGCAGGUCUGCACCUCCGCGGUGGAGAACGUGGAGCCUGCAGCCUCAGCCAGGAGCACCAAAGAGAGCAGAGAUAAACCUGAGUGCCAGAGCAGCUCGGUGCUUCCGGACCAGGUCACAGAGGGCGACCCCUCUGGGCCAAACGCAUCAGCUUUGUCCAAGCACGACCCCCCUCCGGGCCUAAAAUGGGACCUCACCAAACAUAUAAGCUCCAAGGGCAAAACGGGAGCCCACGAGCCGAACCUGAACAUAGCCAGACGGGUGCGUAACCUGAGUGAGUCGCGCAGGAGUGACACAGAAAAGGAUUCUGGUCUGAAAUCAACUGUAAUGCAGCUCAUCAGCUCCUCGGGGUCACGCCGCAACGUGAACUGGGACCAGGUGUACCAGGAAGUUAGGAAGAAGCAGGGAAAAGGCAUGCCAAGGUUUGGGAUAGAGAUGGUGGCCAAUGAGCAGGAGUCCCAGAGUCAGGAGGAUGAUGACAUUCCCAUCCUGGAGGGUUUCCAGUGGGAAUCCCUGAUGGAUGUGUCUCUCCAGGCCAGCUCCAGAAAACGUUCCCUGUCCGAGAGCAGCCUGGCUUCUGCACCUGCUCACCUGCCGUUCGCCUCCCUCUCCUCAGAGGAGCCGACGCAUGGAGACAGUCUCAGCUCAGGGCAGCCAAGGUCUACGGGUUCUCCCAGUUCCAUAUCUGCUCCAGAAAGAUCACAGGCCACAGUCCCAAAGCAGCCAGACAAACCCAUAUCAGCAAUGGUGAAAGUUCUGCAGCGUUCUGACUCGUUGCUCGGUGACAGCAGCUCAGGGGCGGAGCAGUUAGACGGUCAGGGAACAGGGAAGAGACGAAGGGCAGCAGGGGAGGCUCCCAGCACUGAGGCGUCCUGUGUGGAGCACAACAGCAAAAGAAGAAAAGUAAAAUCCAAAAAAGAGCGUCUACAGAUCGACCAGCUGCUGGCGGUGUCUCUGAGGGAGGAGGAGCUGAGUCGGUCUCUGCAGAACGUUGACGCCAGCUUGAUCCAGGCCCGGGCGGCGCUGGAUGCUGCCUACGUAGAGGUGCAGCGGCUCAUGAUGGCCAAACAGCAGAUCUCCGUGAAGAUGAGCUCACUGAGAAGUAAACGGAUCGAGUUACUGAAGGGGAUGCAAGGUGCUGUAGAGGAAGCCCCCGAGGUAACGCUGAAACUAGAGAGGGUAGAUCUGUGUGAAGCGUCUGUCCUGCCCUCCUCUGUUCUGGACAACACUUGUACCAGCCCUGCUGCGGGACGUCCUUCUCCUCCGUCCUCCAGCCUACCUCUGUCGGUGGUUAUCAAAGAGGAGCCCAAGUCACCGGUCCACAUCAGCUCAGAGCCGGACCCUCGGAGCGUCAGAACCCAUGAUGCGCACAGUCCAACUCCAGAGCUGCCCGCCGCUCAUCCAAUGGCACCCCCAGAGAAGAUUGCAGGUUCUGCCUGUAACUUCCAGUCUUCUCCUGCAAGACGGCCCGAGUCUUACCACACCAUCUGUGCACAGCCAGCAGGUGGCAAAGAAAGGUCACCUGGACAGCUGGAGACAACCACGAGUAACUACAGCAUCUCAUCUGACUACCAAACCUUCAUGAAGCCCCUGUCGUCCUGCAGAGGAGGCUCUGAGCCCGGGAGCGCUGCUGACUGUGCAGACCGUCAGUCUCGGCGGUCCACCUCACUUCCCCAUGUUCCAGCUUCUCCCUCUGAGCUGGGGACUGGAAACCGGGUGAGGAAGCUCAAGAAAAGGAAAGCGUUGAAAAAGGCUCUGGGGAUGGAGCGGCCUGAGAGCAGUGACACUGAGAUGGACGACGAGGCCCUGAGGCCCAGGUGGAGACAGCGCAGGAGACCCAGUGGAGGUUCCCAGGUCAGCACCUCCAGUCAGCCUACCGAUGACCGAGAGGUUCACACGGGCAAAGAUGGAAACAAGAAGAAUCCUUUUCCUGCUCUAAAACCUGAGAAGGACCAACAUUCUCCCAAACAAAUGGUGGAGCUUCCCCAAGCAGCUGCCGCUGGUCCGGUGGAGGAUCUGGAUGAAGAGGAGAGUAUGGAGGUCACCACCGCCUGUCAGCAGCACCAAACCCCAGCCCCCCCCUCAACCAUGGAGCCACAGAGCCUGGCCUGCAAUAAGCUCUCCUCCACCAGUGACAUGGAUGUGUGUAAAUCCUCCGAGAGUGAUUUGCCGUUUGCCGUGACUUUGCCCAAAAACUCCUCAGAUGUGUUCUCUGAUCAGUGUGACGACGAGCUGCCGACUGAAGGCGUCUUUGACGGCCACCGGGAGGUGGUCAACGCCCUCCAGAUCCAAAACGGGCUGCUGUACACGUGUUCAGGAGAUCGCACCGUCAGAGCCUUCGACCUGGUGAGUCACGAGUGUGUGGGUGUGUUUGAAGGCCACAGCUCCAAAGUGACCUGCCUGCUGAUAUCAACAGCUCCGAGCCUCUACCGCCGGCUUUAUUCUGCUUCCUGUGACCAGACCAUCCGCUGCUACAGUCUGAAGACACAAGAAUUGGAGCAGCAGUUCUCUCUGCCGGACCGAGUCCUCUGCCUUCACAGCCGAUGGAAGACGUUAUACGCCGGCCUGGCAAACGGCACGGUGGUGACGUUCAAUCUCAGGACAAACAAGCAGAUGGAUGUGUUCGAGUGCCACGGACCGCGUGGCGUGAGCUGCCUGGCCUCGUCUCAGGAGGGAGCCCAGAGGAUCCUGCUGGUUGGCUCCUCAGACAGCACCAUCAGCGUGAGAGCGGCCAAGCACGGACUGCUGCUGCGCACGCUGAAGGGCCACACCAAGAGUGUCCUCUGUAUGACGGUGGUUAACGAUCUGGUCUUUAGUGGAUCCAGCGAUCAUUCUGUGUACGCUCACAACAUCCAUACGGGGGAGCUUGUCCGAGUCUAUAAGGGGCACAGCCAUGCUGUUACCGUGGUGACUGUCCUGGGUAAAGUGAUGGUCACCGCCUGCCUAGACAAACUGGUCCGGGUCUACGACCUGCAGUCUCAGGAGCUGCUGCAGGUCUAUGCUGGACACGAAGACAUGGUGCUGUGUAUGGCCGUCCACAAAAACAUGAUCUACUCUGGCUGUUACGAUGGCACCGUUCAGGCCAUCAAGUUGAACCUGAUGCAGAACCACCGCUGCUGGUGGCACGGCUGCUGGCUGGUCUUCGGAGUGAGGGAUCAUCUGCUGCAGCACCUGAUCAGCGACCACAUCGGUGCCAACUUCCAGACGAUGAAGUGUCGCUGGAAGAACUGCGAGGAGCUUUUCUGUCGACGCAACAAGCAGGUGAUGCUGUUACACCUCCAGAAACAUGCUGAAGAGCAUAGCAAGCUGUAGGGGCCAUUGGUGGGACUCCUCCGCCUUUUCCUGCAACCUUCCCCACACCUGCUGACCUCCCAUAUUGGGCAGAGCAUGUUCUGGGGAGCCUUGUAGCCCCCUCCCUCCACCAAGCCUGCUAACUUGUGUUUUAUGUCAGAAUCUUUUAUGUUUGGUGUUGGAAUCCAACAGUAAGACGGUCACAGGAGAGAUGUGCUGCUUUUAAACCAUUCGGACUCACUUCCUGUCCUCCUGCCUGACUGCAGCAUUUCCUCUUUACUGACCAAAGCUAAACACACGACUCAUUUGUUGAAGAAAUUCCAGGUUUGCUGGGAUCUGCUGCACAUUUCACUUUAACCAACCUUUUAGUCUGGUGGUGAUAUGGCGGGGUUUGGGUUGUGUGCAGCUGUGAUGUCAUGUUAGGUAACCUGUAGUUUUCCUUGUCUUUAACAAAGUGACGUUUAUUUACUCAAAGUGAAGUCCUGUUUAUGAUGGGGGGAGUUAUUGGAAGUUUAACUGUGGUGACUUGUUUUGAAUUAACUAAUCCGAAGAUUUAGUUUCUGUUUGAUCUCUAUUUUUCUGUUUACUCAGAUUCUGUUUUAUUCACUAGAUGCAGACUCAGGUGUGCAGAUGUUUUUUAUAUACAUGUGCAGCGCCAUCAGGUGUUUCCUAUGCCGUUCUCUUCUGUGUGCAUUGAAAAGUUUUAAUUGGAAACCAGUUUUUUUGACUCGGUGUGAAGUGGUGUUCAGGGUUUGUUUUAGUCUAGAGUUGGAGCAGAAGAGGUUUGUUCUGCUGUGGUGAGUUUUUUGACAUGUGGAGUUAAAGGAUGUUAAUUGAAGGUGUUUGAUAGAAGAUCGGUGUCAUCUCUCGUGCCAAACCUCGCCUGCUCGACCCAGCCGAUGUUCUGUUCUGCAACUCUGGUUUGGAAAUUGCAGCUCCCUGGGUCGACACGCUAAAUAAAGCUGACAUUUCAGCAGCUCACCUGGCAUCCUGAGUUUCUUCAACACUUUCAUUUGUUUUCACUGCUGUGAAGGAAUAUUUUUUAACCCUCCCGCAUUGUUAAUGGGGUCAGAUGGACCUCUGGUGUAUUUUAAUUUUUUUAUUUGAAUAUUUUUUAAGGGAUGCAUCACUUCACCCCUGCCAAGGCGUAAACUUUGAACCCUGUUUAACCACCCCCUGUCCUGGCGGGGUCACCUGAUAGGAAAGUGGAAGGGUUAAAAUAAAUUAAAAAUAAAAGUUGUGUUCCACGCAGGAAAACAGUGUGUGUUAUUUAUUUUGAUGCUGAUAAAUAAAACUGGCACAUUUGAAGAAAAAAACCCACAGUUUCACGUCAUAACUACUGGUAACGCAUGCAAACCAACAGCUAAAUGUGACUUUUUAUUUAUUCAUGUGUUAAUAAAAUGUUUAAAAAUGUU